GCAGCAAGCACACCCGGUUAGCGUCCACUAAUCCGCGAAAGCUUGACUGCUCCACCACGGGUCACCGGACAUCCGGCUUCCUCGCCCCGUCCCCCGCACGCAGGCCGCCCCUUAGGCUCCUUUGUCAUUCGACCUUCCUCUUAAGCACAGCACAAGCAGCUACAAGGUUCUGACCUACAAGUUCCAAUGACAAUCUGCAGUAGUGAAGAAAUCAUUGAUGAGUUUGAGUUGCUAACGCGUGAUGCUAGGCGCGUGCAGCAGGAUACACUGAGAAAGAUUCUUGAACUGAAUGGUGAUGCCGAAUAUCUGAAUCGCUUCAAUCUUGGAAGGAGAACAGACUCAAAGAGCUUUAAAUCCUGCAUUCCUCUAUGUGUGCAUAGUGACAUAGAGUCCUACAUCCAGAGGAUAGCGGAUGGAGAUGACUCGCCGGUGCUAACUGGGAAGCCCAUCACUUCCCUCUCCUUAAGUUCUGGUACGACGCAGGGGAAACCCAAGUUUUUGCCAUUCAACGAUGAAUUGCUUGAGAGUACAUUUCAAAUAUUCCGAACCUCAUAUGCCUUUAGAAAUCGUGAAUAUCCUAUUGUCAAUGGAAAAGCCCUGCAGUUUGUUUACGGUAGCAAGCAAGUCUUUACCCAAGGGGGCAUUCUUGCGGCGACUGCGACGACAAAUCUGUACAGGAGUCAACGUUUCAAGGAAGCGAUGAAGGACGUCAUGACUCAGUGCUGCAGUCCUGAUGAAGUCAUCUUUGGUCCUGACUUCCAUCAGUCUUUGUACUGCCAUCUAUUGUGUGGGUUAAUCAACUCAGACGAAGUCCAGUUUGUUUUCUCACCGUUUGCGCACAGCCUCGUCCAUGCAUUUCACAGUCUCGAGGAGGUAUGGGAAGAUCUGUGUGCUGACAUAAGAGAUGGUGUUCUCUCAAAGAGAGUCACCGCGCCAUCUAUCCGCCAAGCUGUUUCGAAGAUCUUGAGGCCGAAUCCUGAGCUGGCUAGCUCCAUUUACAUCAAGUGCCAGAGCUUGAGCAAUUGGUAUGGGGUGAUCCCAACACUGUGGCCAAACGUGAAGUACAUCUAUGGCAUUAUGACGGGGUCCAUGGAGCCAUACCUGAAGAAAUUGAGACACUAUGCUGGUCACUUGCCGCUGCUGAGUGCUGAUUAUGGUGCAUCUGAAGGAUGGGUCGGCUCUAAUAUAAACCCAACCCUGCCACCUGAGGAGGUGACGUACGCUGUUCUUCCUAACAUUGCUUAUUUCGAGUUCAUUCCUCUGGAAAAACCAAAAUGGGAAGAAACGGAGAUCUGUUCCUCUGUUCACUACAUAGAGUCGGAGCCUGUAGGCCUAACUGAGGUUGAGGUUGGCAAAAUCUACGAAGUUGUAAUAACAAAUUUUGCAGGUCUAUACCGAUACAGACUGGGAGAUAUUGUGAAGAUAGCAGGCUUCCACAACGCAACACCAGAGCUCCAGUUCAUCUGCCGGAGAAGCCUAGUCCUCAGCGUCAACAUCGACAAGAACACAGAGAAAGAUCUGCAGCUGGCCGUGGAAGCCGCGGAGAAGCUCUUGGCCGCGGAGAAGCUGGAGGUGGUGGACUUCACGAGCCUCGUGGACAGGUCGAGCGAGCCAGGGCACUACGUCAUCUUCUGGGAGCUGAGCUCCGACGACGGCGCCAGCGAAGACGUCCUGAGCGGCUGCGCGAGCUGCAUGGACCUGGCCUUCGCGGACGCGGGGUACGUCGGGUCGAGGAAGACCCAGACCAUCGGCGCCCUCGAGCUCCGGGUCCUCCGGAAGGGAGCCUUCGCGCAGGUCAUGAACCACUACCUGAGCCUCGGCGGCGCCGUCAGCCAGUUCAAGACGCCGCGGUUCGUGAGCCAGUCCAACAGCAAGGUGCUGCAGAUACUGAGCCGGAACGUCACCCGGAGCUACUUCAGCACUGCGUAUGGGCUCUGAUCGACGAUGCUACGGCGCUACGCACCAAGUACUGGUAAUAGGCUGGAAGUAUAGUGAUCGAGAGUGCAUGGCGCACGACGACGAUCCAUCAUGCUGGGAGCCUGGGAGUUGCACGACGACUGACAGAUGUAUCAUAUAAUUGUCAGUGUAAAUAUAGCUGUUCGACAGUGUAUGUAGGCGAAGGUUGCUGCGUUCCGUUUAGCAGCCGUGUCAUCGCUCAAGAAAACUCAGAAAGAUCACAUGUGUUCUGAUUUCUGAAUCAAAAAGCUGUGUACAAGAAGCAGCGAACUCACUCGAUC